GUAGCUAUGAUAGUUACACACCCAAACAUUCCACAUAUAUGAAACGUCACAACGGUUCCAACUAAUUCCAUACAUGUACACCAUAUCUUAUAACAAAUACGUACUCGUGAAGAGAAAUAUACUGAUGGUAUCGAACAGCUAAUCGUAUCGUCUAGAGAUAAUAAACCUCCCAAAUUAUUAUUUCAACUGUUGAAAUUCAAUGGAAGAAACGUUCGAUGAUUUUCUAACCUAAAAUUUCAUACAAAAUUUAUGUUUAUGAAAGAGUUUUCAUGGUUUGUUUACGAUAGUCGGGGGUAACCAGGUUUAUUCUCAUGACAAAGUUGUUAUCUUCCCUCUUAAAUAAAUAAUUUUCUAAGGUAUGAAUAAAAUUGGUUUAAACUCGAGUGAAUUCUAGUGUCAGCUGUAUAUCUAAUGAAUGUUCAGUGAUAAUGGAGGACAAUCAGAGGAAUAGGAGCAGCAAUGGUGAUGUUGGUGAGCGUGGGGUUGAUUGGACAAGAUAUGGACUUGGAAAUGCGGAUAAUCCAAGACUCUCGGAGAGAGAUAACGCUAUUUACGAUGGCUUCAGUACGGAUAUACAUCCUGCUGGGGCUAAUGAACUGUACGCACAAGAAUAUAAUGCAGAUCCCUGGUGGAAAUCUAAUUUUUUUAUAUCCCAACCAGUUUUAUUCGGUACUUGGGACGGAGUAUUCACCUCUUGUUUAAUUAAUAUCUUUGGAGUCAUUGUAUUUCUGAGAGCGGGAUGGAUCGUGGGUCAAGCUGGGGCUUUGAAUGCUGUUCUCAUUAUUUUAAGUACUGUAUGCGUAGCUUUAGUCACUGUUUUAUCAGCAGUAGGAAUUUGCGAAAGAUGCAGAGUGGAGAGCGGUGGAGUAUAUUUUCUACUUUCCCAUGUUUUGGGGUCGAGAUUUGGUGGAUCUAUUGGUCUACUUUAUUGUUUCGGCCAGGCAGUUGGUUGUGCAUUAAAUGUUCUUGGCUUUGGUGAGUCAAUGGCCGGAUUAGUGAAUCUGGAGGCGGAUCCUUCGGCGCAGAGGGGCUUUGCCUGUGCUGCUGUUAUACUUUUAUCAAUUAUAAAUGUCGCAGGAGUCAAAUGGGUCAUUAAACUUCAAUUUAUACUGUUACUUAUACUGCUGUUUGCUGGUGUCGAUUUCGUCGUCGGCAGUUUUACACAUGUUCAGCCUGAGGCUGGAUUUGAAGGUUGGUUGUCCGGAAACUUGCAAAAUAACACAUUUUCAGAAUACAAAGAUGGCUACAGCUGGUUCACAGUAUUUGGUGUAUUUUUUCCAACUGUCACUGGAGUUUUAGCUGGAAUAAACAUGAGUGGUGACCUCCGGCAUCCAUCAAAAGAUAUUCCCAAUGGCACACUUGCGGCUCUCGGGGCUGGGACAGUUCUUUAUUUGCUGUUCUCCCUUUUCCUGGCCGCCACUUGUACGAGGUCAACAUUGUUAAAUGAUUUUAUGAUUGCAUCGACUGUAUCCGCAUUUAAAGUGCUCUUACUCGCUGGAUUAUACGUUUCUUCAUUUAGCAGCUGUUUGGGAGCUAUGUAUGGAACUCCUAGAGUACUACAAUCUAUUGCUGGACAAAAUGUCAUUCCUGGAAUGAGUUGUCUAUCACGUGGAAGAGGUCCAAAUAAAGUACCAGUGUAUGCAAUGGUUGUGGUAGCUAUAGUUACCCUGACGUUUAUUAUAACUGGUCAGAUCAAUACAUUGGCACCGAUAGUGACAAUGCCCUUCCUAUUGACAUACGCGUGUAUGGAUUAUGCUUAUUUCGCACUGGCGCAAACUUUUGACCUUCAGCACACACGUGAACAACGAUUUCGGGCACAAACUCCCACGUUUGAACGUAAUUAUGGAACAUCAGGACGUAAUGAGGAUAUCACAUCAGAGAUGGACAAUGAUUUGGAUACACUUUUUCCGGAGAGAACGAGGCACAAGAAUUUAGCGAGGAACUCGAGUGUAUCUGACAGUACAAAUUAUGCAGAUUCAUCACCAAGCCUCGAGGAGAACGCGAGUAUCGAUGGAGGAAUAAGAAAGCCACAUAUACAUGGAAAAUUGGGUAAUUGGUACAGCCCAUUAUGCAACAGGUGGUUGUCCCUCUUAGGUGCACUAGUCAAGCUGUUGAUCAUGUUCCUCGUUCACUGGGGAUACGCAAUAGCAAAUAUUGUGGUUGUUUUUCUGGUUUGGAGUUACGUGGGUCACGCUAAUCCAGCAGUCAAACCGGGUGUUUCAGCGGACUUUAAACUUCUUGAGUGGCUCAGAGUGUCGAUACUCAGAUUAAUGGGACGAAAAGUUUAUGAUUACGAACAAAUUGUUGUGACACCAGUGCAUCCAGGGGUGGAGACGUGUUCAGCACAGCUUAAUGAGGAGAAUGAGGAUUUUGCUGGGAGAAGGAGAUAUCAUCAGACAUCAACUGUUAUUGGACAAUUUGUAAACAUUGAUUGAUUAAUGGAUUUUCAACGGAUAAAAAGGUCCACUCAACUCUCAUUUGUCAAAUUAUUUAUUGAAUUUUCCGUGUGACUUUUGCUUUGGCUCAUUAAGAGUUAAAACAUUCGACAAGUUGGUCGACUCUGAAGGAGAUGUUGAUGACCUUUUUUAUAGAAAACUCUGGGGGCAACAAAAAUAAUUUCCUGAUUUCCAUAGCGAAAGCGAUAAAUCCGGCUUCAAGAAAUGUAAGAAUUGUUCUUCACGGCCUUUUUUGUAAAUUUGAUGGAAGGAUAGUAAAAACUGAAUAACAAAAAUUGGACUAUCUCUUACCGUCCGACAUAUUUAAGUCAAAAACAGUUCAGGUUGAAGUCCAUUACAUUACGUUUAUUGCUUUGCUUCUGAUUUUUUAUUCAUUACCCUGACGAACCCAUCGCUUGGGAUUCGAUGGACUGUCGAUUAUAAUAUCGUGUAGUUCAGUAUCUCGAUUAGCAAUAGAGUGGCGUUAGAUUUGGAUUUGUGAAUCGAGAUGCUCAUACAAUCGAUUUUAUCAUUGACGUACGUUGAUCUGCCAGGAUAUCGUUGUUGAAUAACAUGAAAUAACUAGCGAAGCUAUUCCGUGGGUUGUGAAUGUCCUGUUUAUCAGCAUGAAAUAUUACUAAUAAAAUUAGUAAAAAUUAUCAGUUGAAUAUCAGAUUACUUGAAAUAACCGUCGACGCAUGCGAUUCUAUUAACUGAAAUUUGGAUGGACAUAAUUGUAGAUAAAUUCUCUUUUAUUGGGUCAUGGCGUACCAAGCACCAAAAAUCUAUUGCUCUGAAGGCUGAUUGACAUUUAGACUUUACUGCAAAGUGGAUUACAAUUAUUUAUAGGGGUGAGAAUAUAAGGGGAGUAUCCGAUGAGGUUUUUCGGAGAACAAUUUCUGACAUUUUAAUUAAUUGAUUAGUUAAUUUUGGUCGAUCAAAAUAUUGGGGGUGGAGGGAUACAAUACAUCUCCCGAAAAUAUUAGGGAUAUCUAUCAAAUUCGUAGGAAACAAUAGACUGAGUGCCAGAAAAUUAGCAGACUUAGUCGGUGUAAUUCAGUGGCGGAUUAAAAUAAGAUGAGUUGACCUAUCUCUGAGUCUCAUUUUUGAUCAAUAACUCCGAAUCUAAGAGAGAUAGCGAACAUUGUUACAACACUUAUUGUAGUGAUCAAUUUGUUCCAGAAAAAAGUUUAUAAUGAAAAUUUUGUUAUCGCCCCUAGAUGGUGAGAUAUCCAACGAAGACUAAUCAGUAGUCAAAGGUCACUUAUCUCAUUUUACCCCUGCGCUACUGAAGAUAAUUGAACUGAUGGAACAUUUCAACUCAAGUAACGAUUUUUCCCGGAUUUCUAAGGAUAAUUAAUGCGUACAAUAUUCUCAGUGAGACGUUCAUAUCAAGACAGCAUGAAAAUUGUAUCACUAAAAUUUGUUGUAACUCGAGGGUUGAAUAUACUUGCAGGCAGCUAAAUUGAGCCCUUUGUAUUUUUUUCUAUCAUACAAUUAAUAAUGGAGAUGAAUAAUUUAUUCACACAGAAUAAAUAUUAAUAUAUUUUGAGGACAUGUUUACAUGUUAUAUCUAUCAUCUAACUUUCUCCAUAAUUCAACGAUGAUAAUAAUCAAAAAAAUGUAAUAACCCGCUAUUGAAAGCACAAUGAAUGACUGUGGAAUUCAAAAUCAUGGAUUCUAUAUUCAUAAUGCAAUGUUUACCUUCUGAAUAAUACUCUGUAAAUAAUUGACAUAUUUAUAUCAUAUUACCAUUUACCAUUUUUACAAGUGCAAAGUAAAUUAUACAAAAUGUACAAUUAUUUAUCAUUUAUGUUGGAAUUGUAAUAAUUACCAAGUGAAAUAAUACAUAA